AUGCUUCCGUUUGCCCUGCACGGGUACCGAACUUCAGUUCGAACUUCAACAGGCGUAACCCCUUUUUCCCUAGUUUACGGUAUGGAAGCAGUACUCCCCGUGGAGGUGGAGAUUCCGUCUUUGAGAGUGUUGAUGGAAGCUAAACUUUCUGAGGCUGAAUGGUGUCAAAGUAGAUACGAUCAGUUGAAUUUAAUCAAAGAAAAGAGAUUGACAGCUUUGUGUCACGGUCAGUUGUAUCAGCAAAGGAUGAAGAAGGCUUUUGAUAAGAAGGUUCGACCGUGCGAGUUCAGAGAAGGUGACCCUGUACUCAAGAAAAUAUUAUCUUUCCAACCUGAUUCUAGGGGCAAGUGGGCUCCGAAUUAUGAAGGACCGUAUGUUGAUAAGAAAGUUUUCUCUGGAGGUGCCAUGAUUCUCACCAAUAUGAACGGUGAAGAUCUUCCGCGUCCCAUGAACGCCGAUGCAGUCAAGAAGUAUUUCGCUUAG